AUGCCAGCACUACAGGCAAUCAGCGGCCACAGCCAGAGCACACAGAUGAUUCCGAUGACGUCGGCCGAGGGAGUAUCCCUGUUCCGAAAGCGGCUUGAGGGCCGCCGCAUAUUGAACGAGCAGCAGAUCGGGGCAUGGGCCGAGAAGGUAGAUCGCUUUCCGCUAUACUUGGAGGGGGUGGUGUCGUUUAUAGAGGAGUCGCAUACGUCGCUGGACGCACUAUUCUGCGCCAGUAACGGCAGCAGCGAAAACCCGAGCUCAGACCUGCAGGAUCUCGCGCAGGUGGCGCCUAGCAACAGCCCAUGGUAUAGCCAGAGCUUGACUGAGGCACUGGCGGCAUCUAUAUCCAAGCUAAACGACACGAGCCGUCAGGUGCUGACGACCGUGGCACUGUUCGACCCUGACCAGAUUCCAGAGCAGCUGUUGGUGUCGUUGGACGGCCGGGUGCCGGCGCUCAGGACACUCAUCCGCAGCAAGAACAUUAUGCUGUCCCUGUCGAGACGAUCCUUUGUGUAUUUGCAGCACGAGGAGGAAGAGGAAGAGCAGGCGGACCAGCAUCAGUCCCAUAGUCAGUAUGCUUGGAUGCACCGCCUUGUUUGCGACGUCGCCCUGGAACAGAAACCUCAUAUCCAGUCCGAUUUUGAGGACGCCACGAGCCUCGUGCGGCAGGCGUUUCCGCUGCACGGACCGGCACGGGACCACAUGGUGGAGAGGUGGGACACCUGCGAGACGUUUCAGCCGCAUGUGCUAUCUCUCCACAAGCACUAUCUGAAGCUGCGCGGCAUGGGGCCGGCUGUCGUGGACAUCGUCGUCGUCAGUGUCGUCAUUGUCAUCGCUGAUGGACUUUGUGUGGCAGCCUCCAGCCCGAAUAGCAGGGGAAUCGUCUUUGACGGAAAGCCGGGACUCUUUCUCGCCGAUCUGUACACGGUCCAGCUGUACUUCCACAACGAAACCGAGGCCGAGGAAGUCGGGGUGGCCAGAACGGCAGGUCUGAGCCUGGCCGGCUUGGCAGCACAAGACCUAAAGAUCCGCGAAGACGCCGUGAAGGCUGGCCUGCUAGACGUGAACCACCCAAACCUGGCUAACGGAUUCAUGAACUUGGGCGUGGUCCUUGCGGGAGAUAACCCAUGGGAGGCGAUCAAGAUGCACCAGAUUGCGCUUGAGAUUCGGCAGGGCACAGACAAGUACAGGGCGGACCAACAUCACGGCUGGGCACUUAACUACCUCAACAUUGGGCGGUGCUGGUGGGUGGUGAAGGAGCUGGACAGAGCAGCGGUGUGCUUCCAAAGUUGCAUUGCUUUGAUGCUUGAGCGUGAGACUGCGACGCAGAAGCGGUUUCCGUUGACAUCGUGGGCCAAGGCGGCACUGGCCUUGGGUCUGAUCGACAAGGGCGAGCUGCUGGUGGCCAAAGAACUACUGCUGGACAGCCUGGCCCUGCACAAGGAGACGUUGGGCCAGAAGCACAUGAAGACAUUCAAGCUGGCGCAGGUGCAAGGGGAUCUGGGCCAGAACAGUGGCCAGCAUGAGUAUCUGAGAAGUGAUGCCCGGCAGCUUCUUGCCGAGAUUGUCGGGCCACGGGUGGGACAGCGGUGUUAG